GAAUAUUAAAUAUUAACUACAAUUUAAUAUUUUUGAUAUCACUGUGUUAUACUCAAUACAAUAAAUAACCAAAAUAUAUAUUUUUGAUACCCUAUAAGAGAAGUAUUAAUUAUAUUAAUCAUUAAUUUGGUCAUAUAUAACUUUAUUUUAAAUAAUAAAAAUAUAUAAAAUGGAUGAACCUCAGCAAGAACGGUUAAAUCAUUCAAAAAAGAAACAAUUAAUUGAGAAUUGCUCAGCAUUAAAAAUGGACCCUGCAUUAGAAUCAAAAGCUUAUGUGUACGAGACAGUUGACCGGACAUAUUCAAUGACUUGGACAAAAGAAGAAUCACAUAAUGGUGAAAAAAUGUAUUAUUAUUAUAGAGUGCGAAUACUUGGAUUAUAUGAAAACGAUUGUGAUGAAGAUAAAAAUUAUAUACUUGAACAAAAUUGGGGUGCUUUCGAUACUGUUAAUCAUCGCAAACGUUCUGAAUCAUUACCACUAUCAAUAUGCAUUAAUAAAUUCAUAAUUCAAACAACUGAACGAAGCAGAAAUUACGUGUUUGCUAAAAUAAAAGAUAAUGAUAUUAAUAAUAAUGAUUUACCUAUAUCAAUUCGUGAGCUUAUUAUAAGAUAUAUAUUCAAUAUUGACUUUUUAGAAAGAAUGAUGGAAGAAUAUACAUUUGAUGUCAAAAAUAAAAUAAUUGAAUUCAUUAACAUAACAGGUGAAUUUAAAACUAUCAGAUCUAAAUUAAUUGAUUUUGGUGUAAUGAGACAGCGUUCUUUAGAUAAUAUCACUAAACAUGAAGCUCAGUAUGAUAUAAUACGUGAAUUUUUGAAUAAAAAAAUUACGUGUCAAUCUAAUGGUAAUGAUAAUAAUAAUAGAACUGUUAGUUUAAUGAAUUUUUAUUACAAGCAAUUACACACGACAAUAGAAGUACUCGAUAUAAAUGAUGAACGUUAUAAAAUAAUUGAAAAAUAUUUUAAAAAUACUAAAUCACCCAAACAUAAAUAUUUGCAAUUUGAAAUAGACAAUGUCUUUGCUAUUGAAAGACCUUGUGAUAAUGAUAGAUAUACGAGAAAUUUAGGAAAUAAAAAAUUACUUUGGCAUGGAACCCCUGCUUCUAAUAUUCCGUCAAUUUUAUAUGAAGGUUUUAGAAUAACUAAAGCUCGAUUUGGAAUGUUUGGUAAUGGAAUAUACUUUUCAAAUACAGUAUCUAAAUCAGUAAACUAUUUUGGUUCAAAAAAACACGGUGUUUUAUUUUUGUGUGAAGUUGCGUUGGGUAAUAUGAUGGAACAGUUUCGACUACAAUCUUUUACGAAUAUUAAUACAGAAUCAGCACACGGUUUUAAUUCAGUUUAUGGUAGAGGUAAGUGGUCACCUGAUCCAAAUUAUUCUUUUACUAUUCAUGGAGAUGUUGUUGUACCUUGCGGUCAACUUAUCAACGUCGGUUGUGGUUAUUUAGAACAUGAUGAAUUUACUGUUUAUAAUCCAGCGCAAAUAAAAAUGCGUUAUCUUGUAUCAGUUAAUUUUAAUUAAUUUUUUUUUUAUUAUUAUUAUCAGGUUAAAAAUAAUUAUAUAUGUAGGAUCAUAUAUAUUUUAUAUAUAAUUAAUAUCGAAUUAUAUUACAGUUUAUUUAACACUUGGCUAGCAAUAUACAUAUAUAUAUCAUUACAUAUUAUUAUAUAUAAUUAUAUAUGGAUCAUAUAUAAUUAGAUAUGAAUUGCCUAUCAUCAUAUAAACUUAUACAUAACUUUUUUACCCGAGUAAGCAAAAUUUAUUUUUUUAGUUACUUAGAACACAUUCCACGAUGUUAAAUAUUUAUAAUUAGCUUACUGUUUAUUUGCUA